CAUUUUAUUUUCUUUUUCAGACACAACGGCACCAAAUAUCGAGCUGUUGAAACCACUACCUACCAAGACAAAGCAACCGACAUGGGAUUUCACAUGGACUGCAGACGAACUUACGAAUUUCACUUGCGCAGUCGAUAGCUUACGGAAUGAAAAGGAUUGUGGGUUCGGCUUGAACGGUCGCUUCACGACAGACCCACUCUCCGAUGGGCCACACAGAUUCUAUUUACUUGGUGAAGACGAACUUGGAAACACUGCCAAAGUGGUUACGCAUAGAUGGGUAGUUGGUGAGUUAUGCAGUUGAUUUUGCUUAUGCUAAUGGUAUAGUUAGUACGGGAGCCUCAUUUCUGUCAAUGGAGCUGAUAAGCGGCUGUGAUGAGAAACUGUCUCAUUGCGGGAGUAUUUUUACUAAGUCCGUAUAGCACACUGCAUUUUCAAGUACGGUUGCCAAAUGCCGCACAACCAUGGCUACAAGGAAUGCCGAAAACAGCCGUACUUUAUAGCCACAAACCAUGGCUAUAAGGUAUGCCGAAAACAAGUGUACUUUAUAACCACAAACCAUGGCUAUAAGGUUUGCCGAAAACAGGUGUACUUUAUAGCCAUAAACCAUGGCUAUAAGGAAUGCCGAAAACAGCCGUACUUUAUAGCCACAAACCAUGGCUAUAAGGAAUGCCGAAAACAGGUGUACUUUAUAGCCACAAACCAUGGCUAUAAGGUUUGCCGAAAACAGGUGUACUUUAUAGCCACAAACCAUGGCUAUAAGGUAUGCCGAAAACAGGCGUACUUUAUAGCCACAAACGAUGGCUAUAAGGAAUGCCGAAAACAGCCGUACUUUAUAGCCACAAACCAUGGCUAUAAGGUUUGCCGAAAACAGGUGUACUUUAUAGCCACAAACCAUGGCUAUAAGGUAUGCCGAAAACAGGCGUACUUUAUAGCCACAAACGAUGGCUAUAAGGAAUGCCGAAAACAGCCGUACUUUAUAGCCACAAACCAUGGCUAUAAGGUAUGCCGAAAACAGCCGUACUUUAUAGCCACAAACCAUGGCUAUAAGGUUUGCCGAAAACAGGUGUACUUUAUAGCCACAAACCAUGGCUAUAAGAUAUGCCGAAAAACAGGCGUACUUUAUAGCCACAAACCAUGGCUAUAAGGAAUGCCGAAAACAGGCGUACUUUAUAGCCACAAACCAUGGCUAUAAGGUUUGCCGAAAAACAGGCGUACUUUAUAGCCACAAACGAUGGCUAUAAGGAAUGCCGAAAACAGGCGUACUUUAUAGCCACAAACCAUGGCUAUAAGGUAUGCCGAAAAACAGGCGUACUUUAUAGCCACAAACCAUGGCUAUAAGGUAUGCCGAAAACAGGCGUACUUUAUAGCCACAAACCAUGGCUAUAAGGUUUGCCGAAAACAGGUGUACUUUAUAGCCACAAACCAUGGCUAUAAGGUAUGCCGAAAACAGGCGUACUUUAUAGCUACAAACCAUGGCUGUAAGGUAUGCCGAAAACAGGCGUACUUUAUAGCCACAAACCAUGGCUAUAAGGUAUGCCGAAAAACAGGCGUACUUUAUAGCCACAAACCAUGGCUAUAAGAUAUGCCGAAAAACAGGCGUACUUUAUAGCCACAAACCAUGGCUAUAAGAUAUGCCGAAAACAGCCGUACUUUAUAGCCACAAACCAUGGCUAUAAGGAAUGCCGAAAACAGGCGUACUUUAUAACCACAAACCAUGGCUAUAAGGUUUGCCGAAAACAGGCGUACUUUAUAGCCACAAACCAUGGCUAUAUGGUAUGCCGAAAACAGGCGUACUUUAUAGCCACAAACCAUGGCUAUAAGGUAUGUCGAAAACAGCCGUACUUUAUAGCCACAAACCAUGGCUAUAUGGUAUGCCGAAAAACAGGCGUACUUUAUUCUUUAUAGCCACAAGCUAUGGCUAUAAGGAAUGCCGAAAACAGGCGUACUUUAUAGCCAAAAAUUCUUAUUGGGCUUGCAGGGAAAAGAGUCGGAACUAUCCAGUAUAAGAAUAGUUCAGUCAUACAAAAUAUUUCUUUUUUCAGACAAGACCAAACCUGAAAUCGAGUUUCUACCCAACCAGCCCAAAAUCUCUGACGCGGACAUCACGUUACUAUGGAAAACCACUACCAACAAACACGCGAGGUUCGAGUGCGCACUGGAUAACGUGAGAAAUAUGCGACCGUGUGGCGAUGGCACGACAGGGUCCUGGACCGAUUCGCGUAUCCCGGAUGGAGAUCAUACACUGUAUGUCAGGGCGAGAGAUUCGUUUGGUGAUUACGGGCAAAUCAAAACACACAGCUGGAGAGUUGGUAAGUUUUGAAGAAAUUUUCCGUCAUUCAGGGAACGGUUGAUCAGGUCCAACUUUGGCUUGUCGUCGUGCAAUAUAUAUUAUAUUUAUCCUUUUACCUUUUUCAUUCCAAUAAAGAACAGGCAUUUAGCUUUCGAAUACUUUCUUGUAUCAUUGCGAUCAAAAAUAGUCCAAUACCAUCCGAUUUAAAAAUGCCGCUCGAAAUCGCAUUUUUACACCGUUGGGAACUGCAUGUAACGCUUAUAGAUAUCUUAUAUACACUAGUAGAUAGUGCAUCUAAUUAUUCUGCAAUUCAAAAAUUGAAGCCGUGAUUGCAGACUCAGGAUAUUCCCAUGAAAUGAGAAGACUCGUAUGUUUUCUAUUUCUUAAACAGGGAACUUAAACAUUAAGUUAAACCUAUUCCAAAUACAUUUUCAAAUGAUGAAAGUUAUUGUUGUUUUUUAAGCGUUUAUUGGCGAGUGGGAAACUCCAACAUGGCCGCCAUCUAUUCAAAAGGGGGUAACCGCUGGAAUAUUCUUGGCUUCAAUUUUACUAAAAGAGAUGCGCUAUCUAGUGUAUAUAAGAUAUCUGAGUAUUGAAAUUAUUCUCAUUUGGGAUUCAACUUAAAGGCAAAUUUCUACUCGCAAUUUUGCAUCGAAAUUGAGUGAUUAAAACAUUUUACAGAACUGGUAGUUUGCAGAUUGAACUCGCAAUGCCAUACGUUUCCCAAAUUGGUAACGAGCAUUUGGGCAAAUGUUCGAAAAUUGGAAGAACACAAUCCUAACGCCUAUAUUCUAAAAGCUCACUUACGCUCACAAUCAAAGAGUGGAGGUUCAAUCUGAGCUUCCCUUGAGCGUCAGUGCAGUUUUUGAAUAGCUAGAGGGCGAGUAGUAGGGUGGUAGCUGAAGCUAUUCAAAAACAGCAUUGACAUUCAAGAUAAGCUCAAAUUGAACCUCCACUUUUUGAGUGCGAGUGUGAGUAAGCUUUCAGAAUACAGACGUAAAUGUGGAAAAAUGCAAUUUCAACCGACCACUUUAAAUCAGAUCGUAUUUGGUCAUUUUUUUAUCGCAAUGAUUCCAUCAAGAUGUCAUUUGACAGCUAAAAGCCUGAUCUUUAUAAAUACGAAAACAGAAAUGCUAUAAACAUAAUAAUUACAGGUAAACUACGUGAAGCGUUCCUCUUUUAAGUUCCUAACUUGCUUGCAAUUUUCCUCACUACCUUAGUAAAUUUGAAAAACUCCCUUGCAAAUCCCUUGAGGGAAUUUGCAAUGUUCUUAAGAGCCAAAUAAAUUUUCCUCAGUUCCUGUUAGAAGUUCUUAACUUCCUGUUUCAAGUUCCUAACUUCCUGUUCUGUUCUGCGCGUUGUAAUUGGCUAACAAAAAUAAUCCGCCAAUGAUAACACUCAGAACAGAACAGGAAGUCAGGAAAUUAAAACAGGAAGUUAGGGAAAUUUGAAAGGAACUUUCUUUGUGUUGGAAUAUUGCAACGCCCGACAGGAAAAUUGCAAAUUCCCUCAAGGAUUUGCAAAGAGUUUUUCAAAUUUGCAAAGCGAAGUAUGAAAAUUCCAAAUGAGUUAGGAACUCAAAAGAGGAAUGCUUCACGUAGUUUACCUGUAACACACGAUAUCCUGUCAAAGUUGGAUUAGGUUUUUUUGUGUUGUCAAAAGAAGGUAUCCAAAAUUUGCCUCGUUUCAGACACCAAAGUUCCACAAGUGACAUUGAUCGGUACACCACCCGCGCGUUCCACGUACGAUACCGGCUCAUUCUACUGGACAUCUGAUGAAUAUGCAAGCUACGAGUGCGCGAUCGAUCUCGCAGAGUCUGGCGCACCUUGUGGUAGUGGUGUAAGAAUGAGCUGGAUUUCAUCUCAGUUAGAUGAUGGAGAACACUCGUUCUAUCUCUUUGCCACGGACAGGAAUGGCAACCAAGCAAAUCCUAUCGAACACAAAUGGGAAAUCGGUACGUACCGUAUUUUAUCUCGAUGAUUGAACAAAGGGGCUGUGUUUGAACAAAGGAUUUUUUUUGAACAAAGGAUUUUUUCAUUUUUUUUGAAUAUUUUUUUAGCUCGAGGAUUUUUUUUCUGUAAAACUCGAACAUUUAGGGGCUGAUUACAUGGAGAGUUUUAAGACCGGGCUGAGUUUCGUCACGGUUUUCCCAAUGUUUUUUCAGAGUGUAGUUUUAGCACAGAGUAAAUACCUCACUUCUUAUUAAUUUCUGCCUAAGAGAUUUUCCCAGUCCGCCAUGUUCUUAGCAAGCGCCCUAAAAAGAGGCUGUCACCCCCCUGAAAACAUAUUGAAAUUUAGUAAUGUUCCAGGGGGGUGAAUGCACUCUUUUUAGGGCACUUGCUAAGAACAUGGCCGCCAGAUAUUUGCAGUAAAGACUACCUGAAUUAACUUGUGAAGCAUUCUGAAAUCAAUAUUUGACACUGUUAAUAUUAAAACAUUUUUCAUUUUCAGAAAUUGCCGUUUCAGAGGCUCGAAGGAUGCCCCUCGCCCCCUAGAAUUGUGACUCGCAAAUUAUUAAGUUACACGUCUGUUGAUGUCCCUACUAUAUUUCCCUACAUUAGUAGUCUCUAUAAUCAAUAACUUUUAAUAUACCAUAGCUUUUGUUGAUGUUUUCCUUAACAGAUACAAGGCCACCAAUAGUGACACUGGAUGAAAGCACACAGCGUGUGUCAGCUAGCAACGUGACCUUGAUGUGGAGAACCAAUGAGAACGCGGUCUUCCAGUGUGCCGUGGACACCAUAUUUGAUAACAGGGAUUGUGGCGCUGGCCGAGCAAGUGAACUCGAGUUGACUAAUCUUGGCGAAGGACCACAUACCAUUUGGAUUAAAGCUGUUGAUGAGCUGGGCAAUAUUGCUCCCUGGAAGAAACACACUUGGAUCGUUGGUGAGUGACUAUUUUGAAAUAUUGCACUGUUAAAAUAUCUGUUUUUGACCGAAUAAUGUACUGUUAUUUUUUUACAGUAAGUAUUUUUUUACAAUCUUACUUUCUUCUAUUCUACACAUUAAUAGGGACUGCUGUUGCAUAAAACUAUUGCUAUAACACUAAUACUUACAUCGUUAAUACUUAAUUACAUCGUUACAUAUAUCUAAACUUAAAAAAAACUUUUUUCAAAACUUGUAAUUUGUGUGCUUAAUUGCCAAAAUUUCAGGCUAGUGGUUCUUGACCUACUGGUUCUUUUAUGCGGGGCUUUACUGUAUAUAUUCUAAACGAACCAACUCCCACACGACAGCCAGGUAGAACAGUACCCUUCCCUUUCAUCUUUUAUCUUCUUUUUUAUUCAUUGUAUAUAUUUCUAAACUUAAUAAAAUUGUAAAUAGCAAUAGUUUUCAUGUACUGAUAGUUUUCUUGGUUGUCUUAUAUAUAUAUAUAUAUAUAUAUAUAUAUAUAUAUAUAUAUAUAUAUAUAUAUAUAUAUAUAUAUAUAUAUAUAUAUAUAUAUAUAUAUAUAUAUAUAUAUAUAUAUGUAUAUAUGUAUAUAUGUUUAUAAUAUAGCAUUUGUAAACUCUGAACGCUGAUUGGCUAAGAGCCGUGUUGAUAUUGCUAUAUUAUAAAAAAAAAUAUAAAACAUUUUUUCCGUACUGAUAUAUAGUUAUAUCAACACUCGUGGAAGUUGGGAAAACUCGAAAUUGUAUGAAAACACUCCGCCCUUCGGGCGUCGUGUUUCCAUACAAUUUCUCGUUUUCCCAAUUCCACUCGUGUUGAUAUAACUGUAUAUCAACACGGACAAUGUUUUAUAUUUGUUAAGUAUAAUAUAAUAACUGGAUAACCAAAUAUUGAUAUGUUUUGCAGAUGCCAAGCCUCCCGAGCUUGACUUUACAUCGGAUCUUCCAAAGAAAACAAGUGGCGAUGUUACACUCCGCUGGCGAUCUAAGGAGCCUACAACAUUCAAGUGUGGUACAGAUCCUAAUAAUCUGAAGGAUUGUGGUGUUGGACAUUUGGGUAAUUGGUCAGCAAAAAAUCUUACGGAUGGUCUUCAUGAGUUUUACGUGGAAGCUAUAGAUGAAUUUGGAAAUACGGUCAGGAUUUUACAUAGAUGGACAGUCGGUAGGUCUUAUUAUCUCUAUGGAAAACUUCAGUCAGUCGAUCUUUGAGAAAAGUGAAGAAACGUCCGUAUAGCGAGAAUCGAACCCACGAUUUCAGAUGUGACUGGACAUUUGAAUAUAUCUUGCUAGGCCACAGAAGCCCAACAUAACUGCUGAAUGCUGGCGGAUCUAGCCUCAUCUGCAAGGAGGGGUGCAGGUUUUCCAUGGGUGGUGCAUGAGGGAGCCUUACUGCCCAUGCACUCUCUUCUGCAGUCUGCAACGCUACUAUCCCAACAUUACCAUUAUUUGAGAUGGCCGAAUCUCCUUGUUCGCCGUUCUUCUAAAGUUUAUAUCGGCUUUUUAUCACGUAUGCGUGACUGGACAUUUGAAUAUAUGGCUGUGUAACAAACCUCGACAUGUUUACAUGUUUAACCAUGAUAUUUAACUAAAAGAUUUUCUCGUGAACUCACAAAUCAAUUAAAUAGUUCCCAGUAGAAGUUCUGCUAAUCGUUAUUCGAAAAGCAGAAAAUGUAUGGUCAAGCAGAUUUUUUAGGGUGGUACUGGACUUCUCUAGGGGGAUGGUAGACUUCACUAGGUGAGGUGCCCCCCCCCCCUCCCCCCUGCAUCCUCACGGUAAGUCCGCCCCUGCACUAAACGUUCUAUUUAUCUUUUUUGUUCUCACAUUUCAGACAACACACCACCAGUUUUGUCGUGGAGAAGGAAACUCCCAGCCGUCACAGGCAAGCGUGUAAGAUUUAGAUGGCAAUCAAACGAGAUCGCAGAAUUCUUCUGCGCACACGAGAGAAUUAAUUAUAUGGAAAGAUGCGGCAAUUUCAGCCUGAAAGGAAGGUGGAUUGAGGCGAAUUUACCCGAAGGAAAACAUCGUUCCUGGGUUCUUGGGGUUGACGACGUUGGCAAUCGUGGCAAGCCAUUGCACCAUGAGUGGGUAGUAGGUAUGUCCAUAUAGUCUUUCAAAACA